AUGGGCAUAUGCAAAUACCUCAUGGCCGAACAAGCUUUAAUCGCUCUAGAGUCCCAAGCUAUUUUGGGAGCAGACCAUGCUUUGGUCAUCGGGAAAGAGUUUCCUGAUGUGGAAACUUGCAGAAGGACUUUGAAAGAUCUGGCCUUGGCUAUGCAUUUCGAUCUCCGUAUAGUGAAAUCAGACCGAAGCAGAUUCAUAGCCAAAUGUUCCAAGGAAGGUUGUCCGUGGCGGAUUCACGUCGCGAAAUGCCCUGGCGUUCCGACAUUUUCGGUUAGGACACUUAACGGCGAGCAUACCUGUGAAGGGGUCCAAGAUCUGCAUCAUCAGCAAGCCUCCGUUGGCUGGGUCGCAAGAUCGUUGGAAGCACGGAUUAGAGAUAAUCCCCAAUACAAACCGAAGGAAAUAUUACAAGAUAUUCGCGAUGAGCAUGGUGUUUCGGUUUCUUACAUGCAGGCUUGGCGCGGGAAAGAGCGGAGCAUGGCUGCACUUCAUGGCACUUAUGAGGAAGGAUAUCAUCUUCUUCCUGCUUACUGUGAACAGAUUAAACUGCUAAACCCUGGGAGCUUUGCUUCUGUUUCUUCCUCUGGGGCUGAAUCCUGUUUCCAGCGCUUGUUUGUCGCGUACCGAGCCUGUGUAUCGGGAUUUAUUAGCGGAUGUAGGCCGCUUCUUGAGCUCGACAGAGUUCAUUUAAAAGGUAAAUAUCUAGGCACGAUACUCUGCGCGGCCGCGGUUGAUGCGGAUGAUGGUCUGUUUCCUCUCGCGAUCGCAGUUGUUGAUGUGGAGACGGAUGAAAACUGGCUCUGGUUUCUUUCGGAACUGAGGAAUUUACUCGGGAUGAACUCAGAGAGCAUGCCGAGGCUCACGAUACUCUCUGAGAGAUAUCAUGGAAUGGUGGAAGCGGUUCAAUCACAUUUUCCUACUGCUUUUCACGGGUUUUGUCUCCGUUACGUGAGUGAAAACUUCCGCGACACCUUCAAGAACACAAAGCUGGUUAACAUGUUCUGGACUGCUGUUUACUCCCUCACUGCAUCUGAAUUCGAAUCUAAGAUAUCUGAGAUGAUGGAGAUAUCACGAGACGUGAUACAAUGGUUCGAACUCUUCCCACCCGAUCUCUGGGCGGUUGCUUUUUUCCAAGGCGUAGUACGGUACGGGCAUUUCGACUUAGGUAUCACAGAGAUACUGUACGAUUGGGCUGUUGAGUGUCACGAUCUCCCAAUCGUUCAGACUAUGGAACACAUUCGAAACCAGUUAUCGUCUUGGUUCGAAACCCGGCGUGAUUCGAGCUUGAGAUGGAACUCGAUACUCGUUCCUUCGGCUGAGAAACGGAUCGCGGAAGCCAUCUCGGACGCAGGCUGUUACAAAGUGUUGCGCGCGAAUGAGGUGGAGUUCGAGAUUGUGUCGACGGAGAGAACGAAUAUCGUGGAUAUCAGAGCACGGGUUUGUUCCUGCAACCGAUGGCAGCUUUACGGUUUACCGUGCGCUCACGCAGCAGCAGCGCUCAUCUCGUGUGGACAGAACGCUCGUCUGUUCGCUGAGCCGUGCUUCACCGUUGUAAACUAUCAACAGACAUACUCGCAGAUGAUACCUGAAAUUCCGGACAGAAACUUGUGGAAGAAGCAACAACAGCAGCCAGAGAAGUGCUUACCGUUGAUACUACCGCCAAAGACCCGGAGGCCGCCGGGCAGACCGAAGAAGAAAGUGGUUCGAGCUGAGAAUCUCAAGAGACCGAAGAGAAUUGUUCAGUGUGGUCGCUGCCAUUUGUUGGGACAUUCUCAGAAGAAAUGCACACAGCCCUUUUGA